CCCAUUGGAGGCUGGUGAUGUCAAGCUCCGUGCUCUGAGCGCGGCGGCUCCGCGGGAGCGCAGGCUGGGCCAGUGGCGAUGUAGCGGUGGCCGCGCCGGGGCAGGGGCAGAGGCAGGGAGCGGACGGGCCCCGGCAGCAGCAGCCCCCAGGGGCAGGUGAAAGAACGCAGCAGUCCCUGGAGCGUGGGUGUGAGCCAGGCAGUCUCUCAAUGCCAGCAUCCCUGCCAGCACUAGCUAGGCUCACCAAGUAACCCUAUCUGGGAACUUCCUGUUCCUUUAGUUAAGAGUCAUCCUUGCCACGUGUUGUAAGGUGAGAGAUUCCCUUACACAGGAGGACGCAGAGGCUCACUGCUGCAGUUGGCGCUUGCUGGUGACCCAGCUGUUCUACAGAGAGCAGGGAAAAGAGGCUACAAGGCAUGAAAGGGCCAGUGCUGUCAGCUGCCAGACACCAACCAAGACUCCUCUGCACUGUCUCCCCAUGAAAGCGAGGUGCCAGGGAAGAAGAAAGCAGAUCUGUAGCUCCGAAGAAGAGAGUUCAUUCAGGCGGUGCUUUAUUUUUAAACUCUGAUCCUCCCAGUUCCUUGCCUGGCUAAGUAAUUAAACUGGAACGACCCAAGGAGCUGAAAUCAGGGGAACUUUAUGCUUUUAAAAGGAGAGAACUCAAAUUCCACUCCCUUUGAACUUUUUUAUUCUAAAAUCCUGCUUUAUAACACCCAGGUUUGAAAGACUCUUUGACUCUGUUUUAUGUUUGCCCCGCUUCCUCUUAAAAGCAACUGAGCACGAGUCCAGCUGCUGGAGCCAGGGCUUGGUGGGGGAACGCUGCGUGUUGGAAGAAGAUGCACUAAGGUGUCAAGAACUAAAGAAGAGAAUCCGGGAGACUGCGUGUGCUUCUACGGCUCCUUCUUCUGGGAACAGGGGAACUAGAGCCAAGGGGUUGUAGCUGGAAACUCCUCCUGCUUCUCUACCAGCUUGGUGGUUGGUGUCUCCCAUUUCUGGAUUGUGCUUGAUGGGGAUCUCUGCUAGGGGAUCAGCCUCUGCAGUCGAGGGCAGGCGCACAAGAACAAAGGACGUGGCAUCUAGAUGCAGGAAGGGGCAUUGGCUUAAGCCCCGGUCAGAAGGUCUUUUCUGGGACAGCUGCCUGCUGUAGCCCCACCAGGUUGCAGGUUGGGGGACAUCCACCCUUCAGCAUGUCCUCCAAGCAGGAGCAGAAGGAGGCUCACCAGACCAAUGGGGUGGUGCUGCCAAUCGUGGCUGUGCCCGUGGACUGCCUGGCCAGUCCGGAGCGGCAGCAGCUCAUGGAGCCCUCGGAGUUCUUGGAGCCUGACGGAGAAGGGGUGGAAGUGGUGGUGCUGGACUCCCAGGCCAACGCCAAAGGGGUGCGAGAAGAGGACGCCCUGUUGGAGAACGGCAGCCAGAGCAAUGAGAGCGACGACACCAGUACGGAUCAGGGCCCUGAGCCUGUCUCCCCUCUCAAGGAGACCUCCUUCUCCAUCGGGCUGCAGGUCCUCUUCCCUUUCCUGCUGGCCGGGUUUGGGACGGUAGCUGCUGGCAUGGUGCUGGACAUCGUACAGCACUGGGCCGUGUUCAAAAAUGUGACUGAAGUAUUUAUCCUGGUUCCUGCAUUGCUGGGACUGAAGGGGAACCUAGAGAUGACACUGGCAUCUCGUCUUUCUACAGCUGCUAACAUCGGGCACAUAGACACACCCAAGGAGCUCUGGAGGAUGAUAAUGGGGAACAUGGCUCUGAUUCAGGUUCAAGCUACAGUGGUUGGUUUCCUGGCUUCGAUUGCUGCCGUGAUAUUUGGCUGGAUCCCAGAUGGGCACUUCAGCAUUGGCCACGCCAUCCUGCUCUGUGCCAGUAGCGUUGCCACGGCCUUCAUAGCUUCACUCGUGCUGGGAAUGAUCAUGAUCGGAGUCAUCGUUGGAUCCAGAAAGAUAGGGAUCAACCCGGAUAACGUGGCCACGCCCAUUGCUGCCAGCCUGGGGGACCUCAUCACCUUGGCGCUGCUUUCAGGGAUCAGCUGGGGCCUCUACAUAGAGCUGGAGGACAAAGCGUACGUGAAUCCUUUGGUGUGUGCCUUCUUCAUAGCCCUGCUACCGCUCUGGAUCAUCAUUGCCAAGAGGAAUCCAGUAACCCGGGAGGUGCUGUACUCUGGGUGGGAGCCAGUCAUCAUUGCCAUGGCUAUUAGCAGUGUUGGAGGGUUAAUAUUGGACAAAACUGUGUCGGAUCCAAACUUUGCAGGGAUAGCUGUCUUUACGCCGGUGAUUAAUGGUGUCGGUGGCAACCUGGUGGCUGUCCAGGCUAGUCGCAUCUCCACUUACCUCCACAUGAGCGGAAUCCCUGGCGAGAGCUCAGGGCUGGCCCCACGCAAGUGCCCCACCCCCUGCAGCACAUUCUUCAGCUCAGAUGUGAAUUCCCGUUCUGCCCGUGUGCUCUUUCUUCUGGUGGUUCCUGGGCACUUGGUUUUCCUCUACACCAUCAGCUCCAUGCAAGGCGGGCACACCACGCUCACCCUGAUCUUUGUAGUCUUCUACAUGACAGCUGCGCUUCUCCAGGUUCUCAUUCUACUCUACAUUGCCGACUGGAUGGUGCAUUGGAUGUGGGUGGAUUUUGCUCUGAAGGUGGUGCAGUGGUCAGAGUCCGAGACGGUGCGACUUCAGCUAUGGGACAUCGCAGGGCAGGAACGCUUCACGUCCAUGACCCGGCUGUACUACAGAGAGGCAUCGGCCUGCAUUAUCAUGUUUGAUGUCACUAACUUCAGCACGUUCAGCAACAGCCAGAGGUGGAAGCAGGAUUUGGACAGCAAGCUCACGCUGCCAGAUGGAAGCCCGGUGCCCUGCUUGCUGCUGGCUAAUAAGUGCGACCUUUCCCCAUGGGCAGUGACCAGGGAAGAGGUUGAUCGGUUCAGCAAAGAGAACGGUUUCUCUGGCUGGACUGAAACAUCUGUCAAGGAAAACAAGAAUAUUAAUGAGUCUAUGAGAGUCCUUAUUGAAAAGAUGAUGGCGUCGUCCACGGGUGAUGGAGACCUCUCUGUUUCUGGCCGCGGGGAUUAUAUUAACAUAAAAGAUGCUUCCCCACCUGGCUGGGGAUGCUGUUAGCUUUGCUCACUUCUCCGUCUGCAUCAGAGCAAAAGGGAAUGUCUUUUUCACUGAUAAUUGGCUUUAUUAAGUGAUGAAGAAUUGUCUCCUGUUCAGCACACACUGACUCUCAGUAAAGCAUUGCUGUCAAUGACUGUGGGAGAAUUCCUCUUUAUUCCAACACCGUGGCCACCUAAAGCUAUCUGCUGCUUGUAUCGUCUUGUUCAGCUGCAUGGUUUGGGUUAACACCUCUGAAGUAAGAGUGCUCCACUUACUUCUGUAACAAGUGACUGGACUUGAGGGGGAAAGGUAAUAUUUCAAUAUAUACCACUAACUCCCAGCUAUACAUAGAGGGAUUGUUCCAGAAGGGACGGUUACAAUGAUCUUCUGUUCUGAAAGUGAAGAUCUAGCGAUUUGCGCGUGUCUCAUGAUUGCUGACAUGGUGUUACAGUAACUCCUCAUUAUUUCACACUCUGGAUCUGCGUAUGACUAAUGUAUCUGUUGUGGAAAUGCCCAGGACUCUUUGUCAGCUGUGGUAAUCACCCCUGGGUUGAAAGAGGACACUUAUGGGUAGCCACAAUACCUACUAGCAACCACUGUGGUGUUGCCUGAUGUGCAAAAUGGAUUGGUGUGAAUUUGGGAGAUUCUAUAGCACAGCUUUCAUGUGUGUACAUUGAUUGCAGUGCUUAAUUUGUCCCUGCCUUCUGCUCUGUCUCAAGAAUUGUCCAAUUGCCUUUUGCCAGUUAUCCCUUUUUGUCCCUCUGCCCCGUACAUAUAACUCUUCUGAUGCCACUUUAUUAGGGCAUCCAGCAGUGAAUGAGAAAAAGGUUGUAAACCCUCUUGUGUUGUAGAACAACAGUACUCUUUGCUUUUAUAGCACCUUCCAUUCUGUGAUCUCAAAUAGCUUUACAAAUGCUGAUGAAUUACUUCCUUGCAACCAUUCUGCAGUGGUGAGUUAAAGUCUUUGGUGGAAGUCGUGGUGUGCUCACUGAAAGCCCAACUGCUGCUUUUAGUGAUCCUAGGAAAAGCAAAGAAAGGGACUUAACUGGUCAGAAGGAAAUAAUGGAGAAAACUCCUCUUUGCCCUUUUGAUGCCUGUUAUUCUCCCUGCAUAUUCUACAUGUGAUCAUGGCUGCUGACUGACUUUUGGGCAAAAACAUUCAGAUGGUUUCAUGAAAGCACAUGUUUGGCAGUUUCCGGUAAAGGAGUUAAUAUAGAUCUCAGCCCAGUAAAGCAGUGGUUACAUGGAGUGGGAUUGAUGGAGUGGGUUUUUAAUCCUAAUUUUAAAUAAGGGCAAAAUUAAUCCUCUGAAACAGGGGUGGCAUUUUUCUGUGGCAGAUUCAAUAAAAAGGCUGUUUGGGUGAAGGAUAUUAAAGGGCUACUGUCAAAUAAGAGAGUGAUCUGAACACAGGACUUUGAGCCAGAAACAUAUGGGAUCCAUUGCUUGCUCUGGGAGUGAUCUUUUCUGUGGCCUUUAGUAAACUACUUCACCCUUCCAUUUAUAUAUAAAAAUGGGACUAAUUACCCUACUACCACAAAGAGCUGAAGAUUAAAGAAUGCUUGUAAUGUACUUUGGACUUUAAAAGUUCUAUAUAAAUGAUGAGUGAUAAGGAAUUUAGGCCCAGCAUUUUGUUAAAGGAUAAAAUCCAUAUGAGAAUAGGACACAAGCAAAAUUCAAGGAUUUUGUUGUGUUAAAUGCAUUUAAAUAUGCCAUCACUGUGCAGUCAGGAUUCACAGUGAACCCAUACUGUGAAGAAGGUAUGUGAAAACUGGAAAGAGGAACUAACCGGCAAUGAAGUGGAACUGACCAGUUUAAUUUUAUUGUCCAAGCAAAGUAUAAUAUAAAAAUGGGUGGGAUAUCUCAGUGGUUUGAGCACUGGCCUCCUAAACCCAGGGUUGUGAGUUCAAUCCUUGUGGGGGCCACUUAGGGAUCUGGAGCAAAAUCAGUAUCUGUUCCUGCUAGUGAAGGCGGGGGGCUAGACUCAAUGAUCUUUCAGGGUCCCUUCCAGUUCUAUGAGAUAGGUAUAUCCUCAUAUAUUUUUUUUUAAGUAAACAGCCUAAAAUAUAAGUACAUUGGAUUUUAAAAAUCUAGACUUCUAAAAAUAGAAAUAGGAAGAUUAAAUAGGAAAAGGAAAAGGUCUUGUUUUUAAAAGAGUUGAUCUUGACAGCAUUCCUCUGAUGUUCAUGAUAAUAAUACCUAGCACUCAGCAUCCAUAGAUCUCAAAGUGCUUUACUAGGGAGAUCACUAUUAAUAUUCCCAUUUUACAGAUGGGAAACUGAUGCACAGGGAAGAAAGUGACUUGCCCAUAAUGGCACAAUAAGAAAGUAGUAGAGCCAAGAAUUGAACUCAGCUUUCCUGAGGUAAGUCCAGUGCCCUACCCAGUAGGCUACAUUGCCUGGAGGCAUAGAUUUCAUCACAUGCGGUGAUGCACUUUAACCUGAUAUUCAGCAGCAGCUCUACAGUGCCUGGGCCUCUUAAUUUUGCAUAAGUAACUGCCACUCAAAAAUAAGUAAAAAGCUUGAAAUCCUUUAAAGGUUUCUCAUAUGCAAGACAUAAAGAUCUGCCCAAGAGUUGUGGAAUGUUAUGUGCACAGGUUUGUUUUUUUUGUUUUCACACAUAAUUCACUGUUUGGUAACCGCUCAAUAGGCGCAAUAGAAAAAAAAAUAGUGUCAAAAAUCAACCCAGUGCAACAAAGAAUGGCCUUUGCUUGAGAACUGUUUAAAAACUCAGCCAAACAGGAAAACAAUCUGACUGUGCAAAUGUGUGUUUUUAGAGCUGCCUCUCUGACACACAAGGCACUUAAAACAAAAAAGCAAGCUUGUUGUUAACCUCAGUUUAGUUCUUCUGCAAAACAAACUUGGGUUCAAAGACCCCAUCUAAACUCAGGUUUUGCUAUGUUAGGCAACCAGUCUUAAACAAUGCUUUGUGAAACUCUUUUCUGCUAAUGUGAUUGUCCCGUCCAUGGUGGUUGGGAUACUUUAGCUUAAGUUUGUUGGGUGUUUUAAUGUGAGAUCAAAGUUUGUAAAAAAAAAAAAAAAAAAAAAAAA